ACAUUCUAUACAUGCAUAGGUUUUAUUUCAGAAAUGAGUUCUUAUCUUCAUGUGGAACUGGAACAACUGAAGACCUUACCACAUGUUUGUAUUUAUAAGGAAUUUCUCCAUUGAAUCCUUUCAUGUUUUCAAAGAAAUAAAAAAGCUGAAGGCUUUACCAUGUUUCUUAAGAUUAAGUCAUUUUUCUCCAUAUUAAAUGUGAAUAUGUCUUUGAAAGCAUAGGGGAAAAUCAAGUUUAUUAACACAUUUUUUACAUUCAUGUUUCGUUUUCAGUACAAGUUUUUUCUGAGUUUUCAAAGAGGACUGGGAAAGUUGCAUGCUUUCUUGUAUUUCUUCACUCGAUCAGGUUCUGUCCAGUGUGAGUUAUUUAAUGAAUUCUAAUAAACUAGAGCACAUGAUAGCUUUACCACAUUCCUUACAUAAGAAUAAUGUUUUUGAAGAUAGCCCAGUGAACUAAUAUCAUCCUGUGUUGGUUUUGUUGUGUUUCUGCUUCCCCAGGAAUGAGUUGCAAAUGUACUUCUCAGAGCUAAUUAAAUCUAAUACCAAUGUGUCUGUAAGCGUUUAUACCAGAUACUACUUCUGUCUUCGUGCCUUGGCAUUCAGGCAUGGCCUGGGUUUGCCACAUUACCUUCUUGACAGAGAAAGAGCAUGGGAUCUGCAGGCUUUAUCAAGGAUGGAACAAGAUGAAGUGUUCUAUGCUGUUCACAAGAAUUGGUCUUUCAGUGCUGACGAUUUAAUUCGUCUUCAGCACGCUAAGGCCGUCCUCUCCUGAAGGAAGAAAUGAGGGGUAAUGUAACAUCUGAACCCCUCAUCAAAAAAGACAGGA